CUGCAACCAGGGCAUGUACCCUGACUGGGAAUUGAACUGGUGACCUACUGGUACAUGGGCUGAGCUCAAUCACUGAGGAACACCAGCUGGCUAAAAUGGCUUUUAAAUGAUUACACAGGAACCACUUAAAAUAUUUUUACAAGUCUGUUUGGCGAUCUUACCCACAGCCACUUUCUCUUUGCUUCAUUGAAGCUUUGAAUCUAUUUAUUUCUGGCAUCAGUGCACAAAAUGCCAUGUUACAAUGGUAUGGGGUUUAAAAGUUGGCACUAAGAGAGUCUAUUUGGGGGCAAAAUGAAUAAUUGUUCCCCUUAUAAUUUGAAGAGACAGUGUAAAAUUUCCAAGUUAUUACCAAUUAAAAACAGCCCAUGAGAUUAUUUUAAUAUAGAAAUGUCUUCAUAAUUUUUACACAUCACCUGACAGUCUUUAAUAAAAACAACUCAAGCUCAUGGUAAGAAAAACAGAAGUGGCAUAGAACACAGACAUCAGCCAUAACUCCAGAGGCAAAUGCUGACAAGUUGAAUUACUUUUCAAAAACCAUUUUUGGUGUAAAAGUUUACCUCACGAUCAUGUGUUAAUUUAUACCAAAUUUGACCCAUUUUUUAUAUUUAACUUCUGUUUAACUUGGAAGGAUCCUAAAUGCAAACCCAGGGAAGCAGAGAUUAAAAAUCAUAACAAAACCCAGCAGAAUGAGAUGGAAAAGUGAAGAAAGGCGGAGAGGGCUGGUUUGCUGGAGGGGCAGCAGCCAGGGGACAGACAGGGUUUCUGAAACCCGAUUCCCCUGUUGCUGUAGUUUUUCCUUUCAAACUGAAGUAGCUGCUUGUCCAUUUCACCCACUGCUCCCCCAAGCAGUGUUAGAGUAGUUUGUAGCUAUUGAAAUUCUCUGGAAGAACCAAUUUGCUCUUGGUUUUGAGCCCCAGGCAGGGUCCAGUCUUGGGUAUUUUACUACCCUUUGAUUCCCACUCCCCAAAAAUGUAGUCGUUACAGGUGGUUUUGAUGUUAUUAUUUGAAUUGUUUUGUGUUUAAACCAGACCAGUUGGCUCACUUCAUCAGAACUGGGAGUUAUAUUCUGGACAUGCCGUCAGAUGGCUUCCUAUCAAGAUCCCAACUUAAAAAGCCACCAAGCAAAGGUGUGAAUGACAGAGGUGGUACCAUCCAGUGCCCUCAGUGAGGUCAGCCUGCGCCUCCUCUGCCACGAUGACAUAGACACUGUGAAGCAUCUGUGUAGCGACUGGUUCCCCAUCGAGUACCCAGACUCAUGGUAUCGUGACAUCACCUCCAACAAGAAGUUCUUUUCCCUUGCCGCAACCUACAGGGGUACCAUUGUAGGAAUGAUAGUAGCUGAAAUAAAAAGUAGGACCAAGAUACACAAGGAGGAUGGAGAUAUUCUAGCCUCCAGCUUCUCUGUUGACACUCAAGUUGCAUACAUUCUAAGUCUGGGAGUAGUGAAGGAAUUCAGAAAGCACGGCAUAGGUUCUCUUUUACUUGAGAGUUUAAAGGAUCACAUAUCCACGACUGCUCAAGAUCAUUGCAAAGCUAUCUACCUGCACGUCCUCACCACCAACAACACAGCAAUAAACUUCUACGAAAACAGAGACUUUAAGCAGCACCACUAUCUCCCCUAUUACUACUCCAUUCGUGGGGUCCUCAAAGAUGGCUUCACCUAUGUCCUCUACAUCAAUGGUGGCCACCCUCCCUGGACCAUCCUGGACUACAUCCAGCACCUGGGCUCUGCUCUAGCAAACCUGAGCCCCUGCUCCAUCCCACACAGGAUUUACCGCCAGGCCCACAGCCUGCUCUGCAGCUUCCUACCAUGGUCGAGCAUCUCCACCAAGGGUGGCAUUGAAUACAGCCGGACCAUGUGAUGCCAGCCGGGCAGCCUCCAAUAGGUCCCACCCCUCGGCGCCCUGCGGAGCCCACCUUCCUGGCCAUCUGACCUCAGCUGUGCUCUGCAGAGGAGCCAGCCCGUUGCCUGCCCCAGCUGCAGGCCCGGUGCUACAUGGGCUCAUGGGUUCUGGAGCAGAGCGUCCUGGG